GAGGCUCUCAUUAAUCCCAUGCAUACAUGCAGCUAGCGCACACAUGAGACGCCAUUCAAUAGGACCCCCGUCGUCUUCCCUCCGCGCCAGGAAACCCUCCUCCACCGUUCCAUACACCCAGCACCAGCAGCUAGCUCUGGUGCUCGGCUCGGCUCCUCUCCUUAUAUACGCUCACGCACUCACCGAAGCACCUGAUAGGCUGAUACCUAGUAGCUAGGACGGGUAACCUGCUGCGGCGGUGAGAGCCUGAAACGACAGCACGUACUCUCGAUCGCGCGCGGCCGGUGAAGUAUGGCGUCGUCGACGGCGGUGGCGGCGGGGGACGACACGGCCGGGACGCGGAAGGACGGUACCGGCGGCGGUGGGGGCACGGCGCCGCCCCCGGCUACCCAGCAGCAGCAGCCGCCCCCGCCGCCGGAGCAGGGGCUGAGGUGCCCGCGCUGCGACUCGCCCAACACCAAGUUCUGCUACUACAACAACUACAGCCUCUCGCAGCCGCGCCACUUCUGCAAGACGUGCCGCAGGUACUGGACCAAGGGCGGCGCGCUCCGCAACGUGCCCGUCGGCGGGGGCUGCCGCAAGAACAAGCGCUCGCGCUCCGCGGCGGCCGCAGCCGCGGCCGCGGCCUCCUCGCGCCUCGCGCUCAACCUGCCGGUCGAUGGGGUCGGCGGCGACCAGCAGGCGGCGGCGUCCGCCGCGAGGCUCGGGUUCCUUGGCGCCGCUGGCGCUCCGGUGGCGUCGUCACCGAUCGGCUGCGCCCCCGCGGCCGACUACCAGCAGGCAGCAAGCGCCGCCGCCGCCGUCGGGAUGAUGGCGCUGCCGAGGCUCCACGCCGCCCAGGCCGUCGGGCAGUAUGUGCCGUUCGCGGAGUGGCCGUCGGGGGCCGGCGGGGAUGUUUCCGGCGGCCACGGGAUGAACGGUGGCGGCGCGCACGCCGGGGCGGUGAGCAGCAGCAUCGCAUCGUCCAUCGAGUCGCUGAGCUUCAUCAACCAGGACCUGCACUGGAAGCUCCAGCAGCAGCGGCUGACCACCAUGUUCCUGAGCCCGCCGCCGCCGCCUACCUCUUCGGCGGCGCACGUCGACGGCGCCCCGGCAUCAGCGUCCCACAUCGGCGCCGCCUUCCUGCAGAUGGCGGGGCCGCCGCCCGGCAUGGAGUCGGCCAUGCCGGCGGCGACGUCGUGGUUCAUGGACAGCUCAUCCUACGGCGUGCUCCCUUCCCCGACCGCGCACGCUAACAACACAGCCGCCGCCGCCGCCGCCUGCAACGUCGUCAGCAGCGGCCGGAGUAGCGGCGACGACGACAGCAGCGCCAACUGCAGCAGCGCGAUCCCGUCGUGGGGCGACAUGUCGACGUUCGCGAUGCUGCCGUGAGCUCGCUCCGCCGUCACCAUCUGAUCGGUCGAUGGCGGCGCGCUCGAACAAGGAAGAGCUCCAAAUUUGGGAGGGCUGAUUCCGAAGGAAUUGAGCUGGCACAGGAUCGGUGCAUGCAUGCUGAAGCGCCACUUUGUUCUGUAUGUUAAUUUAACUAGCUGCCCAUCUCUAACUUCAAAUUAAAUAUUGGUCAACCAUUGUGUGUGGUAUAUUAUAUAUUAUAUUUGUCAAAGACAUUCUACUCGGCGAUCAUGUUGUCAUGGUAGUCUUUUUUCUUUUUCUUUUCUUCUUCUUUUCUCUUUACUUCAUUCUUGCUCUUUUUCACUUUGUCGACCCACGCAUCCAUGCAUAUGAAUCUGUCAUAUAUACGUCAGAUCAUGUUGAUUACUCUGUGCUCCAGUAGUACUCCUCAUCCUCACCUAUAUGUGAUCUGAAGGUCCCUGUGGGAGGGAAAUAAAGGGGAUUGAUUUCGAUUCAAA